AAACCUCAAGCCUGGUCACUCAGCACAUCACCUUUGUGGUGAGAAAAUGCUAUGACCAUACGUUAUACAUGACAUAACUGAGGUAGUAGAUGGUGUCAUGGUGUUCUGCAGUCAGUUGUUCUCCAGCAUGCCUUACCUUUCUGUGACUGCACAGCCUGUCACAUCUUAUUGUUGAAAUACUCAUUACCAAAGAUUCUAGAACAGAGCUCUCUCUGUUCUAGAAUCUUUGCUCAUUACUAUGACCCAGUGGUGCAGAGGCAGUGGAGCCUGGUCUGACUUGGUGUAGUUGACAUGGUGUUGAUUCUCAGGGUUGGAGAGAGGCUAGAGUGUGUAGGCUUGGCUGUGCUGCUCUCGGCCUCUUGAACUGGCUCCAUCAAGGCCCAUCAAUCUUCAGCAGUUGUCAGAUCCAGUCUCGCUGUAAGGAUUGAUGGUCAUGCAACAAUUAAGGUUUGUCUUUUUUUCUAGAGGCUUUAGCCACAGAUGGCUGUCAUCAGUAGCUUGAUCAUGCCGAGUUAUGAUCAGACAAGCUACUUAGGCAAAUCCUGAUUAAAGGAUAUUGUCAGUGUUUAAAAUAGUCGUAAUAAAUAAUAAGAUGAAGCUGUGUUAGAAAUGCACUUUCACAAGCGAGGAUAUUCAAGAAAAGGGGUUUAAAGAUGGAACAGUAUAAAGAGGGGCAGAUUCUCAGCAUGCUGCACAUCUGACCGCUGCAUCCAGCCAUCCAGAGGGCUGGCGCCGCCCCCAGGUGCCAAAACAGCUACUGGCCUCCUCACCUCAACUGAACCCAGGCAAGGCGACAGGCAUCUGAACACUGCGUUCAUGCAAUGCCAUGCGACUUCAAGUCCAUUCAAGUCAUUUGGUUAAUUAAUUUCUCUGCUUACCCAAUUCACAGUUUAUCAUUUGGUCAUCGAAAUAUUUCAGAUUUAAGGUGAUAUUUAAAAUACCAAAGGAGGUUAGGAAACUAGAAUGACGUAAUUAUGUCAGAAUAUUCUGAACUAAUAAGGAGAAACCAAAAAAGCUACUUGACGUAUGAUUAAAGUAAAGCACAUAUUUUUCUCAAUCUUCUGUCAUUAGAAAAUCAGUUAAUUGAAGCAGAUACAGCAGUCUUAGUUGUCUUGCCAGAUUAUGUAUUAUUUUACAAAGGGAAUAAAAACAUUAUGUGUUCAGAAACAAGUGAAUUAAAUUACUAAGCGAAUAAAUGAAUAAAGCAAAGCUGAGCAUAUGGCUUCACUGAAUUAGAAAAUCAGGGCUAUUCAAUUUCUGUGGGCAAUGUUUUGAUUAUAUUCUUGAUUAAUUUAACAAAUCACUGCAAUCUAUCUCCUCACCUGUUAUUCAAAAACCCAGAUGUGCUCUAAAUGAAUGCUGGGUCAGGAGACACUAAUCAGCCAGUGGAGGUCCCUUUCAUGUUGGGUUUAAUUAACGCUCCCUCAUGCCUAAUCAAAACACACCCUCUGCACUCAUGCAACUGAUGAUCCAUAAGCUGAAGCUUGCGGUAUUUUAAAAGCUGUUAUGAUAUACUGAGAAAUGAGAGGAGUUGAAGUGGAUCUUAUGCUAGAAGAGCUGUUGAAGUAACGGAACACUCAGAAGCCUGGUAAGUGCCCACUGUGUGUGCUGAAACAGUGAAACAACUUCAGCAGGGAAUCCGUACUGUUUCAGAAGUACUUCUUACCCCAUCUUACCAACUACAAGCAUCCACCUACCAUUCCAUGGAUAGGAUUGCAUCAGGCAGGUUAAUUCGUCUCUGUGGCUAUCACAGACAAUGGAGGAAGAGGACCGCAGUCACACUAUGGAGACAUAAAGCAUCUAGACGUUCAUUGAUGUACUGAGGUCAAAAGACACCAAGAUGAAUGUGUCCUGGCAGGAGGAGUUCAAUGCCUCUGUGUCAGGUGAGCCAGAAUCCUGUGCCAUCUUGAGAAACCCCAGCUCACGUAUCGCCCUCUACACCUUCCUCUUAGCUGGCAUCGUCUGCACAGUGGUGGGCAACUUUCUGGUGGUCCUGGCCAUUGCGUAUUUCAAGCAGCUCCAGUCUCCCACCAACUGUUUUGUGAUGUCACUGGCGGUGGCGGACUUCCUUGUGGGGCUGCUGGUGAUGCCCUCCAGCAUGGUCCGCACGGUGGAGGGAUGCUGGCACUUCGGCGCCACCUUCUGCCAGCUGCACUCCAGCCUGGACGUCAUGCUGUGCACCGCCUCCAUCUUCCACCUCAGCUGCAUCGCCUUCGACCGCUACUACGCCGUGUGCAACCCGCUGGUCUACUCCUCCAAGAUGUCGCCUGGCCGCGUGGUCCUGCUCAUCGUGGUGUGCUGGGCUGUGCCGCUGCUCAUCUCCUUCGGGCCCAUCCUCCUGGGCCUCCACAAGGCCGGGGUGGCCAUCCCGCUGCCCGAGAACGUGUGCGUGUUCCUGGUGAACCGCGUCUACGCCGUCAUGGCCUCUAUGGUGGCCUUCUACUUCCCCAUGGCCAUCAUGCUGGUGGCCUACUGGAAGAUCUACAAGGCGGCCAAGCGGCAGGCCAUGCAGAUCAGCGCCAUGGAGUCGCAGAUGGCCGCCGGGGUGGGCAGGGACUCCAGUAAGAAGCAGCGGCACCGCAACUCCCUGAGGCGGGAGCGGAAGGCAGCCAAGACUCUGGGCAUCAUCAUGGGCGUCUUCUUGGUCUUCUGGCUGCCCUUUUUCACCCUCAACAUCGUGGAUCCUUUCAUAGACUACAGCACGGCAGGGGUGGUGUGGGACGUGCUCCUGUGGCUGGGCUAUGUGAACUCCUCCCUGAACCCAUUUCUGUACGGGCUCUUCAACAGGUCCUUCCGCAGGGCCUUCUUCAUGAUCAUGGGCUGCAGGAUCUGUCUGCCUGGAUCCAACCCCAGUAUGGACCUCUCCCUCUCGAAAAAAGACGGGAAUGACCAUCAGUAGAUACAGCCACUAUCAAGGCAACACUGUUAUUGACAUGAAUCUUAUGAAGGAUGUGUCCUUGCCACUUUUGUCAGUUACAUGUUGUGACAGACUUUUGUGGAAUGGUAAUGUUUAGGUUUCAAGGUCACAAUAGUUUUUCUACUCUAAGGUAAAGGUGGUGUGUCCUGCACAAAUGGAUUUUUUUAUCAAAAGUAACAAGCAAUGUUAUUAGCCUAAACCCGUUUUUCUGAACAACUGUGGUUAGAAAAUGAAUUUGUCUUCCUAAACCUCCAAACAGUCUGGUUUGAAGCAGUGCAAGAAAUUAAAUGUGCUCAUUUGGUGGUGGUCUUCAUGUCUAAAUGCAUGCUCUCUUGCUUCCUGUUUCUGUUCUCUGUGCAAAUAAAACAAAUGCUAAUAUGUUUUUUUAAUUUAAGUAAAACAUUUAAGUCUUAAUGUUCCCAUAAAAAAACUGCAUUGGCUUCUGACUGGUUUGAGUGCCAUCUGUGUGAUCCCCUGUGCUCAUGGCACAACAGCCCUGCUUUGGACAUGUUAUAAAUAUGACUGGUAUGGAAUUGCACUUCACUUGUUUUCACCACCCAACAUUAGUAUGCAAUGUUUAUCAGAUUUAUGUGUCUGACUACAUUUUGGUGGCAAAAACAGACACUUGACACUAACUAUACAAUUUCACAGUAAAUUGCAUG